UCAAGUUCUGUUUCAGGUAACUUAAACCAGAACUUAAUCCCUGGCUGCUUGUGGAUGCUUUUUUAAACUUUAAAAGUCUUAACAAACUGAUAUUCGACGGAAUAUGGAAUAUUUCACAGUCUAGAGCCCUGAGAGUUGGUCUUAAAAGUCGCUGUUAUAUUUUUUGCUGAGUGGAAGUCGAGUAUUUAAUUUCUAAGCUAGCACCCAUUAGCAAGUGUAGCAUUUGGACCCAGCAGUACUACCUGACUUGAUAGCUCCUCCGGUGGAUUCCAUACGGUGAAGCAUGUAGCCGCACCUCCUCUUCUUCAGCCUCGAUGGAUCCCUCCCCUCCUCGUGCUCCUCCCCUACCCCUGCCUCCCAGUGUGCGCCCCAUAAAUCUCCAUCUGCACUACAUGUGUUUUGUGUGAACACUCACAGAAAACGAGAAUGAGAGAAAUUGAGGACGAGAUUGGAGGCACUUGGCGAGGUUAUAAAGAAGCUCAUUUCUCUUUCUCCCAAUACCCUCCUUCUGGCUCUGUUGCUCGCUUGCUCCCUGAGCUGCUUCGCGGACUCGUCAUCAAAACACACAGUGAGGCGUGCUGCUGGUGCGCUCACUCCCUGUAGCUUGUGGACGCACACAUACAUAGUCUCACACUGGAGCCAACAUUCAAGAUGCAGCAGCAAGACAGCAUGUCUUCUGAUUCCUUGUCAGAUGUGCGGUGCCCAUCGAGACACUGGAUGUCGCGCGGACACUCCUAUGAAGAGCAGACUGUGUGGAACCCAAAGUACUGUGUGGUAGCUGACUGUCAGAUGCUGCUUCUGAAUGAGGAGGAGGUGAUCCAUCCCUUGUUUUUGCAGGAGCGGCGCUCUGCAUCAUGCAAGGUUCAUCUCCUGCGUCGCACCAUCAGUGUUCCCGUGGAGACACAGUUUCCAGAGUUUCACAGCCAGCUGUCCACCGGGAGCGGAAUCUCUUUUUGGCCUAUCAACAUCUCGCUCAUUCAUGUCAAGAUUUGCAAGGAAACUGUUUAGGCUUCAUAUACGUUCUUGUACCAGCAGUUGAACAUUGGUAUCACACAAUCAGCCAGGUGGAUGAGU